AUGUACUUCCCCAUCAGUAUCGUUCAAUUUGAACAAUAUUCUUUGUCAAAUCAAACUCGAUCUCAAACCUGGAGAAUUCGUGCUUUUGGUUUGGAAAUACUGAAGAUAGCACUGGGAGUCCUUGAUGCUGUGAUCCGACUUUGCAAGGUGUAUUCUGAUGAUGUAAAUUGGGAUUUCUUCAAUUCAAGAAUUGAUAAAGCUAAAAACAUCAUAGAUUUUGAAGGGGCCGAUAAUGCAAAUCAUUUUAUCAAUAUAGCAACUCGGUGCAUAGAAAUUUUGUGUGAAUUGGGUAUCCUUGCAGCUAAAGAUGGUGGGAGUCUUGUGGCUAUACUUAAUUUGUCAUGGAGAGUUGUGGUUACCUUGCUUCAGCUUGGCAAUGGCGCUUUAGCAGUAAAGGUGGAUGUGGCUGACAUUGUUCUCACUCUAAUUUCACUGGCAAAUGAAUCUUUAAGAUGUGCAGCUGAGAAUUGGUCUUCUGUGCUGAAGGAAGCGGUUUCUGUGGCAGAUGCUAAAAGGAUAUUCCUACCAAUAAAAUUUUACCUGAUUAAUGCAGUAAGAAUAUCCUCCCAAUACCCAUGCCAAGCCUUUUCAAUAUACAGGGAUAUAACACUAUGUGUCCUGAUGAUCUCAACUUUCAGAAUCUCACUGAGUAAAGGGGAACUCCUGAAAUCUGCUAGUGAAUUGUUGGGAGAACUUCUGGAGCCAACAGCGUUCCAUUUACUGAAUUCUUUAUUAAAUUCCUUUCAAGUGAAACAGGAACACAAGUUCCAAAUUCUGGACUGGUUGUUCAUUGAUGAAAGUGAUUUAAUGAUUAUCCCUGGAGGUCGGAAUAGUAACUAUAGGACUUCUUCAAUCGAUAAAAUGUUUUCUUUAAAUUGUGAUGCUAUGCAUGGAGCAAGAAUAUUAUUGCUUGGUCGGGUUGCUUUAUUUCUUAGAUUUCUGAAAAGUGCUGCUGAUCUUGAAGAAGAUGUAAUACUAGGGAUCACUAGAAAGCUUGGAUGGCUUUUUAAAGUUUUAAUUGAUGAGGAGGUGUAUUCUUCCGUCCUUGCUUUGCAAGUUCCUAUAUUAUAUGGUUCUAGUGAAACCCCGGAAUUAGCUUAUGAGCCUAUGUUUUCUAACAUUCUGCACGCACUGAAAACAUUCAUGACUGUAGUCUAUUCCAGUCCAGCUUGGGGUGAAAUGGAAUCCUUCCUGCUCGAAAACUUAUUGCAUCCUCACUUCCUUUGCUGGGAGAUUGUUAUGGAACUUUGGUGUUUUGUGGUGCGUCAUGCUGAAAUAGACAUGGUGACUGACAUUAUUGAUAAACUUUGCUUAUUGUUGAGAUUUGUGGCUUCUUCAAAUUCGGUUCUUGUUCCUGGUAGUGCUCUACGCGAAAUUGCAAGAUCAAUUUGCAUGAUUCUUACAUGUUGUCCACAACAUACGGUAGAUCAAGCUUACAGUUCCAUUGUUGGCAGUAGCGGAUCUAAGUUGUCAUCAAUUAUGUUUGUAGCCUUGCUUAUGGAAGGAUUCCAGCUAAAUUUGCUUUCGGAUAAGAUGAGAAGUGUUGUCGAACAAGAAUUCCAGGUCAGCAUAACUGAUAUUGACAUGAAGACCCUAAAGUUUCUAGUUUCUGUUAUUCACAACUACAGAAAUUCUACCAGUGAAGUGUUGGGAGAACUUCUGGAGCCGACAGCGUUCCGUUUACUGAAUUCUAGAGUCAGGAAGAAACGAAAGUUUGCUGACUUUGAUAACCCUGCAGAUUUUGAUGAUGUGAAUGCAGAACCUGCUGUGGUUCCAAAUGUUUUUGUUCAUCCCAUUGUCCCGGUGGUUAACCCUGAAGAUCCAGAUAACCCUCAAGUUCCAGAUGACAACCCGGCAAUUCCAAACGACAACCCUGCAAUUCCAAAUGUAAUUCCAGAUGGCCCCCCGGAAGACCCAAAUUUUGGUCCAUGGGGUCCAAUUCUAGAGAUUCAGGACCCCACAUGGGCAAAAAUUAGGAAUUUCUGCUGUGCCAUCGAUAAUGGAUUACUUAGGAGGCAUGAACAAGAAGAAAUUUUAAGAAAUUUGGCUGCCGGAGAAGAAGGCCAAGUGCAAGCGCUUAACGAGGAAAUUCAGAGACUAAAUGGUAUCAUAGAAAUGCUGAAAAUGACCGCGAUUGGUUUACUAGAAGCCUUGGACACGUCAAAUGUCAUCAAAUUACUAUCUCCAGCCGAUGUCACAGGGAUAAUCAAUCUGCUCAAGUGGCUGCCUGGAGCUGCGGUUCACCAUCUGUGGACUGUCGAUAUGAAAUUUCGUUUGUAA